AUGGACGACAAACAUUGCUAUGCCAUUUCAUGUGCAUUCGUCGAAUCUUCAUGUUCAUGGAAUCACGGUCCGAAGUGGUUAAGACUGGAUGGAAAUCUGGUUAUGGAUAAGGAAGGGGAAGAUAUGGUAACAAGUGACCUAUUUACGGUGCCAAGAGAUGCGUCUCUUGAGAUGGAUAUCUGGAUGAGUAAUGGCGUUCAUUUCACUGUGACAGAAAUUGUUCCAACAGCUGAACUUGUGUUAUGGUCAAAAUAUGGACUAUAUGGCGAAGGAGGCUGGCGAAGGCUGCGUAUACCUAUUCGAUCAUUUCGCUCACCUACAAAAAUUCAGCUGAAAGCCAAUGUACCAAUAAAUAAUUUUAUUACUAUAUCCAAUACUAAACUGAUAGAUAAAGAUGGAAAUGAAAUUGGCUGUGAACCGAAAUUAUUUUCGAUAAUACCAAUUGUGCCAAAUAAAUCCACGUCAGUGGAGCCUGAAAGAUUAACAGCUUAUCAAAAAACAAAAGGCGAAGAUAAUACUGGAGUUCUAUCAACCACAGCGUCAAUAAAGCGAGAAAAGAUUGAAAUCGAUCCUUCGCUUCCAUUUGCGCUUUUACAAAUAACGUCUCGUCCCUUAAUUCGACCUCAGUUAACCACUCAGCGAACAUGGAUUUUCGGCGAAAAAAGUCUUUCAUGGAAUUCUAUACCUACUGAAUCUAUAGCGAAUAAUAGCUCUUCCUUAAAUUUUUUCGAAAACGCAUCAACAAAAUUAAACGGUGGUCAAGUGCUUAAUUCGUUACUAACAUUUAGCAAAGAAGAUCAGUCGGAAAUGCACGAACUGAAUGGCAUAUUCAAGUCAAGCGAUAUUUUCCGAGCUUUGUCGAAGCCUAUUAACCCAAAUAUCGGAAUAAAUCAUAGCAAUUCUCAGCCCAAGUUAUCAGAUUUAGCAACAUUACUAUCGCAUAUUGGUGAUCAACCUUUCAUGGAAACUCAUUUUCAUCAAUUCGCUAAACAGUUUGGUCUCGAGAAACUUUCAAAUCAACAGCUAAUUAAACAACUAAAAUCAAAGGAAGAAAUGACUUCUACAAUAUUACCAUUAACAACACUUAUAUAUCAUAAAGAAACCAAGGUUCGACCAAUUAAGCCAGUUAAUGCUCCGACUAUCAACCAAUUAGCGAAAAAACCGAAGAAAAAAGAUCUCAAAUUUAGCAUUGAAGGUUUCUCAGAAGAUAAUACUAUUUUAACUCAACUUUUGCAACAAGGAUUAUCAUCAUUGACCUCAAACGAUCGAUCAUCAACUAACAAUGAUAUCCUCAAAAAACUCGCGCUAUUCCUUCCUCAUCCUCCUCCUCAUGUUGAUUUUCAUAGUCCAUUUACUCAACAAAAUCUGGAUUUUAUAAUACAGAAUGCAAAUUUAGGUUGA